AUGAUGUGUAACGAUGAUUUCCUGCAAAAGGACCCGGAUGAGGCCAUAGAGUAUCUAGACGAUCUUGCUGAGAAAGCUCAUACUUGGACAGAACCUAGCCCUACUGAUAGUACCAAUAGGUCACGACCCCCAGGAAACCCCACUAGUACAGGUAUCUACCAACUUAGGGAAGAAGAUAGUCUUAAGGCCAAAGUGGAAGCCCUUACUAAGGAAUUUGAGACCUUGCGUGCUAAAGGCUCUAAACCUGCACAAACUGUUUCGCGUGUUGAAUCUUUGGGACCUUGUUUUGUGUGCGGGUGGCGCAAUCAUCCCAAUCUUAGCUGGAAAUCUGAAAACCAACAAACUACCCAAUCAAAUAGAACUUACAGUGCACCAUCAUAUCAACCCACACCCUCUAGGAACUCUUUAGAAGAUACCCUACAUGCAUUCAUAGAGGCACAAGGCAAGACCAAUCAGAAGUUUGAGACUAUGAUUAACCAGGUAGUGGAGGAAAAUAAGGAGAUAAAAAAUCAUGUGUCUAAAUUGACCAAUGCCUUAACUGUGGGGGAACGUGGGAAAUUUCCAGCACAAGCUCAACCUAAUCCUAAGGGACAGCAUAUGGCUCAAACCUCAGGUUCAGGAGAGAGUAACCUUAAGGAAGCAAAUGCCAUCACCACCCGAUCUUGGAAGGUUAUAGAACCAAUUUCAAAACCUAGGGAAAGUGAAAAGGAGUCUAGUGAGUCUGACGAAAGUAGCCCUAGUGAUGAGGCAGUAGGAAAUCCAUCGAGGGUACCUUUUCCACAAGCCCUUAAGCUUAGCCCAAAAUCAGUCAAUCAACACAGUGAGAUCCUAGAACACCUUAGGCAAGUAAAAAUCAAUCUUCCACUCUUGCAUGUAAUUUCACAAGUUCCUACAUAUGCGAAAGUCCUUAAGGACUUGUGCACUGUGAAGAGGAAACACAUUGUCAAGAAGACUGCCUUCUUGAUCGAACAAGUGAGUGCUGUGAUUGAACAAAGGAUCCCACCGAAAUAUAAGGACCCUGGCUGUCUAACUGUUUCCUGUGUCAUCGGGAACCAUGAGUUUGCACAAGCUCUUCUUGAUCUGGGAACCAGUGUUAAUCUCAUGCCCCAUUCCAUAUACUUACUAUUAGGUCUUGGCGAAAUUAAACCCACUUCUGUGGUUCUACAACUAGCUGAUAGAUCCACUAUAAGACCUAGGGGAGUAGUUGAAGAUGUGUUGGUUCAAAUUGAUAAAUUCUACUACCCAGUUGAUUUCUUAGUCUUGGAUGUGAAGGUUGAUGUUAAUGUUGAUUCUAAAAUUCCUAUUAUUCUUGGUAGACCUUUCCUCGCCACAGCUAACGCCCUUAUAAAUUGCAGGAAUGGUCUAAUGAAAUUGUCUUUUGGGAAUAUGACUCUAGAAGUCAAAAUUUUUCACAUUGCUAAGCAACCAAUGGAAAGUGAUGAGUGCCACCACACACAUAUGAUUGAGGCACUCACUCAGGAGGAGGCACUUGAGACUACAAAUUCUGACCCCUUAAAUCUUUUUCUUUUGAAUUCUGCAAAUCCAGCAAGUGUUAAUGAUGAAGAAUAUGCUAACCUUUGUGCUAUUUUUGCAAAAUUUCAGAACUAUGGGAUAUCACCAUGGCAACCCAAAUUUGAAGAAUUGCCAAAAAGGACGGGCGGCCAGCAACCAUUAAGCAUUGAGAGUCCCAAACCAGAUUUGAAACCGCUACCCCCAGGAUUGAAACAUGAAUUCCUUGGACCAGGUGAUACUUUUCCUGUAAUUAUUUCUUCAGAAUUGGAUGCAUUACAAUGUGAGCAACUUUUAAACAUUCUGAAUGAACACAAAUCUGCAUUAGGUUGGACCAUAGCUGACAUUAAGGGUAUUAGUCCUCUAAUUUGCUCACAUAGGAUUCAUAUAGAAGAAGGAGCCACCCCUAAAAGAGACCCACAGCAUAGACUAAACCCGACAAUGAAAGAAGUUGUGAAAAAUGAAGUGCUGAAACUGUUAGAUGCAGGUAUCAUUUAUCCUAUUGCAGAUAGUAAAUGGGUUAGUCCUACACAGGUAGUCCCUAAAAAGUCUGGUGUCACAGUGGUAAAAAAUGAAGUAGGUGAAAUGGUCCCAACAAAAACAGUGACUGGAUGCUUGGCAGAUCGAGCACGAAUGGAGUAUGGGAACCCCAUAAGGUCAGAUAAUACCACCCCUUGGUCUUGUCCUCCCAACCGUUACCUUAGGGAUGUAUAG